AUGGGAAGUCAGCCCAGCAGAGGGAAAACCCUGCCAAGCCCAAACUCAAGUCCGUCAGUCCAAGACCAGGGCCCUGUACCCAUGCAACCAGAGAGGAGAAAGCCCACAGCCGUGGCCCUGGGCAGUUUCCCGGUAGGAGAGCAGGCAGAGCUGUCACUGAGACUGGGGGAGCCACUGACCAUCCUCUCUGAAGACGGAGACUGGUGGACGGUGCUGUCAGAGGGCUCAGGCAGAGAGUACAGCAUCCCUAGCGUCCAUGUGGCCAAAAUCUCCCAUGGGUGGCUGUACGAGGGCCUGAGCCGGGAGAAAGCUGAGGAAUUGCUGUUGCUGCCUGGAAACCCUGGAGGGGCCUUCCUCAUUCGGGAGAGCCAGAGCAGGAGAGGCUGUUACUCCUUGUCAGUCCGCCUCAGCCGCCCUGCAUCCUGGGACCGGAUCAGACACUACAGGAUCCAACGCCUUGACAACGGCUGGUUGUACAUCUCGCCGCGCUUCACUUUCCCCUCACUCCAGGCCCUCGUGGACCAUUACUCUGAGCUGGCGGAUGACAUCUGCUGCCUCCUCAAGAAGCCCUGUGCCCUGCGGAGAGCUGGCCCAGUCCCUGGCAAGGACAUACCUUUACCUGUGACUGUGCAGAGGGCACCCCUCAAUUGGAAAGAGCUGGACAGCUCCCUCCUGUUCUCGGAAGCACCUGCCACCGGGGAGGCGUCUCUCAUCAGCGAGGGACUCCGGGAGGCCCUCAGCUCCUACAUCAGCCUGACUGAUGACAUCUCCCAAAGGCCAAAAGGGGAACCAAGGUUGUAG